UAUUCAUACUACUUUCUGUCAUGCCUUACGGUAAGUACCUUCCUAUAAGUAUAAUCAUAAAGUAUCAACCUGAACUAGAUUAAUAUAGUUUAUUUUUGAUAAAUUUUGCAUUUGCAAUGCAAAAAAUACUUACAAAAUUUCAACCUAGCUUUUACUAUUUAUUUUACUAUUUUUACAUCUUAUUUAAUAAUAAAUUACGAAUAAUAAAGAAUAUGCCACUGAUUGAACCAUUUAUCUCAAAUUUUCUACCAAAAGGCAUGUCAAAAUAGUAUAAUGAAAAGAAAUAUUGUGAUAACAUUUAUGAUGGAAAUGGAUCGCUAUAAUGUCGUAUCCAAUGGGUAGAGAGUUUGGCGGUGGCUAUCCUGAAACUGUUAAAUUUUCAACCAUUUUUCUCAUUCUCUAUUUAUUAGUUUUCAGUAUCACCUGCUUUAUAUGUAGUUCGGAUACUGAUCCACUGUGCGCAGACCCUUUUAAUAACAGUUCUACACCGUUAAGUGAUUGUAAGUUUAUGAGAAAUCCGCAUCGUGAAGUAUUACCUGCUGUGUGCCGAAAAGUAAAACAAAGAGGUAAUUAUUUGAGGCUUAUAUUUUUUAAUCCAUCCAAUUUUGAUAUGUUUCACUGCAUUAGAGUAAUAGUAUUUCACGAGAUUAAAACCAUGUACGUUAUUUUUAUUUAGCGCUGUUGCGAGCGCCAUGAUCACA